UUCACGGAAAUUUACAAAAAUUAUGUGAACAUACCCUAUGCUACGCGUGACACUCAACGUCGCUGCGAAGAAGGUUUCAAAGUUCUACAGCAAAGCACGCAGUGCAACUCGUUGCUCAAGAAGUAUCUUACCGAAGGGUUGCUGAAUGAGCUGAAAAGCCAGGGAACGAAAACUGGUGGCACUCUUCUUCACGUGAUUCGGUCAGGCGUGAAGAACUUGGACAGCAUUAUCGGCGUUUAUGCGCCGGACCCUCAGAGUUACAAAGUUUUUGCCAAACUAUUGGAUCCGAUUAUUCGCGACUUUCACAAGCUCGGUCCAGAUGCAAAGCAUCCCGGUUCAGAUUUUGCAGAAGGGAGUAUUGAUUAUUUCGAAAACCUGGACCCUCAUCAAAAAUAUAUUUUAUCCACAAGGAUUAGGUGCAUUCGCAAUAUUAAAGUAAUACAUCUUUUGAUGUUUAUUGCUUUUUAUUCUUGAAA